CUCAGUCAGACAAUAGAAGUGCCAUCUUAUUGAUAUUCAUAUGUCCAGUAAUUUAUUUCUGUGCAAUAAGACACGUUUUGCCCCCGACGAAUCCAGUUCUGCUCACUUUCUUGGGACCGGUCAUGUGCAGCAGAUGUUGCAUAGUGAAACAUGUUUUAGUAACGGACAACACCGAGGAGUGACCACUGACCGUAUGACAGAUGCACCGGAGCUUUCAUCUUGUAAACUGUGAAGUCAUGGAGCUACUUGAAGCCGGAUGACGCCCCCAUUACCACAAAUUGGCCAAUAGGAGGUGAGAGGCAGAGUUGUCCUCCUGGCCGCCAUUAAAGAAUUCAAUCCAUGAACUGAAAUAAUGGAAAUCUGCAGGACCCAUGGAUCAGGCAGAGGAGAGUAACCGAUGAGUAGCCUCGCUUACUUGGCAUUUCGUCCGUUCUGAGAGUAGUUUUACUAUGACGGAGCACUGUGGUGGUUUUAGUCAAAAGGAGGGCGGUGUAGCUAAUUGUUUUAUGUAGCUAACAAGCUAGCGUUGGAGCUCUGGUAUGCUAGCUUGUGUGCUAGCAGGCUAGGAGAGAUCAGGGGGAGGGGAGAGUUCCUUUGCUUUGAAAUUGUUUCAGAUCAGCUAGCUGGCAUUAGCAUUAGCACACCAGGGACUAAGCUUUUGGGGUGAAGUUUUUAGUUUUCAAGCUCGCAUUUUCAUUGCGCAUCUAACUUUUCUGGUCUUUGAUUUGACGUUAGUCUAACCAGGUCAUGUAAGCGUUGACUGUUUGAUGUUAGGAUAAUGUAGCAGCAAGCUUGCGGCUAACCAGAUCAGACAAUACAUUUCAAAUAGGAUUGAUGAAUCCAGUAGCUAGAAGCUUACAGUUGACGCUAUCAGCCUGUCUGUCUAACGUUAGCUUAGCCAACAGGCUAGUUGUGGCUAGCGCCGGUUAGUAGUUUUCGGUUUGAGUAGCGGUAGCUAGGUGUAGCUAGCAAGUCGGUUAGCGCUUUAACGGGAUAACUACAACUGAACAUAGCUUCGCCAGCGAGUUAACUAGAUCAGCUAUUGCGCCCCGAUGGUGAUUGAGACAAUGGACUUCAACGUUACAACCACGCAUUGAAAGGAUGAGUUCGUGCUUUGUACCUAACGGGGCCAGCUUGGAGGACUGCCACUCCAACCUCUUCUGCCUGGCUGAUUUGACUGGAAUAAAAUGGAGGCGUUUUGUGUGGCAAGGACCCACCUCUUCGCCCAUCCUUUUCCCUGUGACUGAGGAGGACCCUAUCUUGUGUAGUUUCAGCCGAUGCCUGGCGGCAGAUGUGCUUAGUGUGUGGAGAAGGCACCACACCCCAGGUCGCAGAGAGCUCUGGCUUUUCUGGUGGGGGGAUGACCCCAGUUUUGCCGAACUUAUCCACAAUGAGCUCUCAAGUGAGGAGGAUGGUGAGUGGGAGAGCGGCCUGUCCUAUGAGUGUCGAACGCUCCUGUUCAAAGCCAUCCACAACCUGUUGGAACGCUGUCUCAUGAACCGUGGUUUUGUUCGCAUCGGCAAGUGGUUUGUUAAGCCGUACCAGAAGGAGGAGAAGACGAUUAAUAAAAGCGAGCACCUCUCUUGUGCAUUCACCUUCUUCGUACAUGGCGACAGCAACGUGUGCACAAGUGUGGAGAUCGCUCAACAUCAGCCUCUUCAGCGGCUGAGCGAGGAGCAUCUCAGCCUCGCCCAGCAGAGCUCCAGCCCCUUGCAAGUCAUCCUGAGCCCAUACGGCUUAAAUGGGACCCUCACCGGCCAGGCUUUUAAGAUGUCAGAUCACCCCACUCAGAAGCUCAUCGAAGAGUGGAGGCAGUUUUAUCCCAUCAGUCCCACUCCCAAGGAGGUCCAGGAAGACAAGAUGGAGGACACUGACUGGGAGGACGACUCCCUGGCAGCCGUGGAGGUCCUUGUCGCGGGAGUAAGGAUGGUUUACCCUUCCUGCCUGGUGCUUCUCCCCCUGUCGGACCUACCUGCUGUGGUCCUUCAGGGCUCAGCCAACACCUCAGGAAGCCUGUGUGGUGCUCAGCAGGGCCAGGUUGCUCACAGGGAUCCUGCCAUGUCCUCUGUCACUCUGACUCCUCCAACGUCACCAGAGGAGGCUCAGACUGAUAAUCAGCCUGCCCAGAGGUGGCUGAAGUUGUCCUCUGCGUCAGAUGGCUACAGCUCCAACAACACUCUUCACGGGGGUAAAAUCCCUCGCAGGCUGGCCAGCCAGAUGGUGGAGUCUGUGUGGCAGGAAUAUAACAUAAACCGUACAGGGAACAAGAGGAAGUUUACUACCUUGACAAAUGGGACCUGUGAGGAGGAGUCAGACAAGACUGGGCUUUGGGAUUUUGUGGAGUCAACCCACAGGCCACAUUGCAAUUGCUCAAGACAUAAGAAUCAGAAACAGCGAUCCAGCAGCACCUCAGGACACCCGCCUUCAUCAGGCCAGCCUGCCCAGCCGGCGCCCAAGCACAAGUUGGGCGAGAAGCUUGAGAAGGGGGAGAAGCAGCAGAAGAGGCCGCAGACGCCUUUUCACCACCGUAACUUUGUAAGCGAGGAGCAGUCCCUGGAGCCACAGACCCAGAGGCUUUGUUUAAGAUCACAGGAGGAGAGCUCAUAUCCCAGCCUGCACCAUGUGGACACAGCGACCCCCAAAGCCCCUACGCUGCACACACACGGCCCCUCUGCAGACCUCGUCGGAUCCCCGCCUCCCCCUCCUCUCAGCCCACAUCCCUGCGAUCACGUCGAAGGUGACAUGACUCCAGGUGGCAUGAAGAAUUCGUCCACGCCCAUCCACCAACCGUUCUACCCGCCAUCAGUGGAGCCAUGUCUGCUUCCACAGAAGGGCUCAUCUGAGGAGCCUCAGCUGGAGAACAUGCCUUUGCCUCUGCCCUUCCCCCCAGCCUACAACGAAACCUUGGAACCCACUGUCUUUGUAGGUUCAGCCAUCAACCCCAAUGAAGACUCCACCCACAAUCCCUGGAAGUAUUUCAACCUGCCCAGGAAGAAGGCCUCCAACUUCCUCACACCCCAGCUACCUGUGGAUAAAAUGCGAGAUGAUUCUGGGGGAGGCGGAGGAACAGAAAGCGUAGUUUCUGUAACUGAGUUGAUGUCAGGCUCCACGCAGCCCCUGAAGGUGUCCCAGGAGCUGGUCAAGGCUUACACCCAGCGGAGAAACAGCCAUCUUGCCUCCGCCACAGGAGACAGAGAGUACAGUGAGGAGCCAGACCCUUAUGCCUUCGUAGAGGGAGACGAGGAGUUCAGCUUCACAGAGAAGAAGGACAAGCCUGGAGCUGAGAGAGAGGGCAACAAGAAACACAAGGUGGACGAAGGAACCGGAAGUUCAGCAGAUGAUGGUCAAGGUCCAUCAGGCAGCAAACCCUCAGCCUCGACCAGCCUCAUCCAUGAGAAUGACUUGGCUGUGUCCUACAGCGACCUGGAUAAAAUCUUCAAUUCGGAUGAAGAUGAACUUGCACCCGGAGCGAAAAGAGCUGGAGCUGGAGCAGAGGACAAGUUUGUCUGUAAAGAAACUAAAACAGCCACGUUGGACCCCCUGUCUUGCAUAAGUUCAGCAGACCUGCACCAGAUGUUUCCAACCCCGCCCUCCCUGGAGCAGCAGGGUUACUCUCCCAUGAACUCUGGGAGCAAGGAUAGCCUGGAAGCAGGGGCAGGCCUCACCCUGCUGGAUGGCAGCCAGCUCAACAGUCACUUCAAGAUGGAGGUGGAGGAGGGAUUCUGCAGCCCAAAGCCAUCUGAAAUAAAAGACUUUUCAUUUGUGUACAAGCCGGAGACGUGUCAGUCGUUCAUCGGCUGUUCAAUGUACGCCCCUCUGAAGAUGCUACCGAGCCAGUGUCUGUUGCCUAUCAAACUGCCAGAAGACGGCGUGUACACGCGCAGCUGGACCCUGGGCAAAAUGGAACUGAUAACCCCAGUGACAAAUGUCAAUCUCCUCACCAAAGACAGUAACGUGCCCAGUGUGGAGCCAGAUUACAGCCAGACCUACACGCCUCAGACCCACACGCCCUUCAUGUCCAGCAGUGCUCCUCCCAGUAACGGCGGCACAGGCAUCCUGCCCUCUCCAGCCACGCCACGCUUCUCUGUGCCCACCCCACGCACCCCACGCACUCCACGGACUCCCCGCGGCCCAUCCAGCGUCCAGGGCUCGCUCAAGUAUGACAACUCUGACCUUUACUCCCCGGCCUCCACGCCUUCCACCUGCCGACCCCUCAGCUCCGUGGAGCCAGCCACUGUACCCUCCAUCCCCGAGGCCCACAGCCUCUACGUCACCCUCAUCCUCUCCGAGUCAGUAAUGAACCUCUACAAGGACUGCAACUUUGACAGUUGCUGCGUGUGCGUCUGCAACAUGAACAUCCGAGGGGCAGAUGUAGGAGUGUACCUCAAGGACAACGGCGAGGCCCAGUACCCCUGCACUUGUGGCUUCAGUGCUGUCACCAAUCGGCGCUUUGGCCAAUCAGCCGGGCUCUUCCUGGAGGAUGAAUUGGAUGUGGUAGGACGGGGCUCAGAUGCGAGUCGGGACACAGAGCGGUGUUUCGAAGAGCUCCGAGCUUCCACAACACACAAGGCUGGCAGUCUGAAGGAGAAGCCUCCUGAUGAGCUAAUCCUGCUGCUGCAGGAUCAGUGCACCAAUCCAUUCGCCCCAAUGGCAGGCGUGGAGUACCCCAAGCCGAGCUCAGCCCCGAGUUCAUUCCUGAGGGUCGAAGAGAGAGACUGUUAUAAUGACUGCUACAUGGCGCUGGAGCAUGGCAGGCAGUUCAUGGACAAUAUGUCGGGAGGCAAAGUAGAUGAAACACUAGUGAAAAGCACCUGUCUUCAUCAGUGGCCCAAAUGCAAAUCAGCAGAUAUGAGCAAGCUAUUCUCUCAGGACGUCCUGCGGGUGUUAUUGUCCCUCCAGCCGGUGCUGCAGGACACCAUUCAGAAAAAGAGGAGUGUUCGCUCCUGGGGUGUUCAGGGACCACUCACCUGGCAACAGUUCCACAAGAUGGCUGGGAGGGGAUCAUACGGCACAGAUGAGUCUCCUGAGCCUCUGCCCAUCCCGACCUUUUUGGUCGGUUAUGAGUAUGACUUCGUGGUGCUCUCUCCUUUUGGCUUGCCCUACUGGGAGAAGCUUCUCCUGGAUCCUUUUGGCUCCCAGAGAGAUGUGGGAUAUGUCGUCAUCUGCCCAGAAAAUGAGGUUCUGCUUCGCGGGGCCAAGACCUUCUUCAAAGAUCUGAGUGCUAUGUAUGAGGCAUGCCAGCUUGGGCAACACAGGCCCAUCUGUAAGAGUUACCAGGAGGGCGUUCUGAAGGUCGGCACCACAGAAGGCAGGAGCAUGACAGAGCAGCCCCUUAGUGACUGGUUCCUUAAGAUGGCUGCCAGAGACGGAAACAAUGAAGCCUUUAAUAAGCUCAAACUCUUUGCUCAAGUGUGCCGCUAUGAUCUAGCUCCAUACCUGUCAGAGCAGUCUUUGGAUAGCUCUCUAUUGUCCCAGCGCAGCCCUACUGUGGCCUCCUCCUCCCAGACCUCCAGCUCUUCCAGCACCUCCUCAGGACCCCAGAGCACCAACACUACCAGUUCCAGCACCAGCUCUGCCCAGCCUGCCCAGGUCAACAGCACCCCUCCCUCUUCCUCCUCAGGCUCCCAGACCAUCGGGGGAAUGGCCUCGGCCAAGCCAAGCUCAUACUCGCCGUUUGGGACAGCAGGCUUGCAGGGCAGCACAUCUCAGAAUGGACCCCAGUCAAACCCCCAGGGUGCAGGGGGGCUGGCAGAAAACGGCCCUUCAGCCAACCAGCCUCAAGGGCCCACUGAGACGCCAGAGAGCACAAUGGAGAGAGACAAAGUUGGUAAGCCAACAGACGGAGAGUCCCAUGCUGUAUCGUACCCACCCGCCAUUGUGGUGUAUAUCGUCGACCCCUUCAGCUACGAAGACGCAGACAGAGAGGUCCACUCCAGCACCUACACACUAGGCCUGCUGCGCUGCUACAUGGAGAUGCUCCAGUUCCUGCCUGCUCGCAUCAGAAACGCUGUCUCAGUACAGAUUGUUCCCUGCCAGUAUCUGCUGCAGCCAGUGCACAGCGGGGAGCGUCACCUCUAUGGCCAGCACCUCAAGUCGCUGGCUUUCUCUGUGUUCACACAGUGUCGUCGGCCUCUGCCCAACUCCACCAACUUCAAGGCUCUGACGGGCUUCGGCCCUGGUCUCGCCAUUGACAUGGCACUCAAGAACCCAGAGAGACCCGAGUGUCUGCGUCUGUAUACGCCGCCCUUCAUUUUGGCUCCAGUGAAAGACAAGCAGACGGAGCUCGGGGAGACUUUUGGCGAAGCAUCCCAGAAGUAUAACGUCCUGUUCGUCGGCUACUGUCUGUCCCAUGACCAGCGCUGGUUGCUGGCCUCCUGCACCGACCAACACGGAGAACUGCUGGAGACCUGCAUCAUUAGUAUUGAUGUACCCAACAGGGCUCGCAGGAAAAAGGGUUCAGCCAGACGACUGGGUUUGCAAAAGCUGUGGGAGUGGUGUCUCGGCCUGGUGCAGGUGACAUCGCUGCCAUGGAGGGUGGUCAUUGGACGGCUUGGUAGGAUGGGCCACGGCGAGCUGAGAGACUGGAGUAUUCUGCUGAGCAGAAGGAACUUACAGUCCCUCAGCAAGCGUCUGAAGGAGACAUGUAGGAUGUGUGGCAUCUCUGCUGCUGACACUCCCAGCAUCCUUAGUGCCUGUCUGGUUGCCAUGGAGCCCCAGGGUUCCUUUGUCAUCAUGCCAGACUCGGUCUCGACAGGCUCAGUGUUUGGUCGCAGCACCACGCUGAACAUGCAGACGUCGCAGCUGAGCACUCCUCAGGACACAUCCUGCACACACAUCCUGGUGUUCCCCACCUCAGCCAUGGUGCAGGUCAACACUAACACUUCAGAGCCCAUUGACAUCAACUUCAAUCCCAUAAAUCCUGAUGGAUCUGAUGGAAUGGGCAUCUUUGACCUGUUCGACAACGACAUGGUGGAUCAAGACCUAAUCAACAUCUUGCCCAACUCCCCAACAACCUCCCCUGUUCACUCUCCUGGCUCCCACUACCACCAGGGGGGCGAUGGAAGCAAGGGCCAGAGUACAGAUCGUAUGGAGUCCCACGAGGAGGCUCUGAACAUCCUGCAGCAGCCGAUGGCUCUAGGGUACUUUGUCUCCACAGCAAAGGCUGGACCACUGCCCGACUGGUUCUGGUCGGCCUGCCCUCAAGCCCAGAACCAGUGCCCACUGUUCCUCAAGGCCUCUCUGCACCUGCACGUGUCGUCUGUCCAAUCAGAUGAGCUUCUGCACAGUAAACACUCCCACCCACUGGACUCUAACCACACCUCUGAUGUGCUCAGAUUUGUUCUAGAGCAAUACAACGCCCUCUCCUGGCUGACAUGCGACCCGGCGACCCAGGACCGGCGCUCCUGUCUGCCCGUUCACUUCGUGGUGCUCACCCAGAUGUACAACUUUAUCAUGAACAUGCUCUGAACUCUAACGGGAUCAGACUGCUGAGAUCUGAUCGGACGGAUCGCUCAGUCGACUUGUGGAUCCCCGACACUCAAAAGGACCUCACACUCCAUCAGGGCAAACGUGGAGGAAGCAUCACUCCUCCCCUUCCUCCUCCUCCCUGAUGUAUCUCACACAACACUGACUGACUGACUGGAAGUUUCCAAUCAAUCAAUCAAUCAGAUGCCAAGAAUUCAUUUUAGCAUUUUGGAAGAUCAAGGGACGUUUCAUAAAGGAGAAUAAAUUGUCUUUUUAAUGACUGUAGAUUGCAAUCUAUGAAAUUUUAUCUUAAUGAAAUGCCUGCAUAUAUUAUUUAUUGUAAGUUUUUAAAUGUGGAAUUUUUAAUGCUUAAUAUCUUUUAUAUAUUACAAAUCCUAGAGGGUGUGUACAUCUCGCUGUAAAGGAAUUGGUUUAAAAAGUGUAAUUUUCUCAAUUACAACACGGAAAAACCUGUUCAAGUGAAUUUGCUGUAGAUUGCUUUUAGAUAUUAUUUUUUCAAAGGGUACAGACCUUUUUAUUGCCAUGCUGUAAAAAUGAAGUAAAAGCUGGCCUGGGCAUUUUCGUCCCACCCAAUGAGUGGAUGAGACUUACCUCUCUGUCUGCUUUGGCUCCAGAGUCUCUCGCACAGUAAUUCAAUGAGCUCUGAAGAGGAAUUAAAAGGUACUUUGUCAGAUUAUAUAUUUUAUAUAACAGAUUUAGGUAAUUGUGUGUGUGUGUAUAUGUGUACAUAUAAUUGUGUGCCGCUACUGAUGGUGCAGCUUCUGUUUUAGGAAUAAAG